UGGAUGUAGAAAGCCUAAACUCGGACGGUUCGAAGCACUACGCGAUGUCGGCGCUGUGCACGUGCGUGGACAACAGCAACAAAGACCUGAUGAAGGUGAUUCUGUCGACCCACUUCUCCACCACCAAGAUCACAGAGUUCCAGAAGGAAUCUCUGCACAUCCUCAGACGCGCCGUCUCCAAAGGAAGCGUCGAUCUGUUCGAACUGCUCUUGAAGCAUUCAGACUGGGACUUCCUUGUCAACGGCACUGCAGCUGGCGUGGAAUGCCGUAGUGGUAGUGUGAAGAGCCUGCUUGGCACUGCCGUGGACGCUGGCAGCACGGCCAUCACAGAGAUGCUGCUGCUACUGGUGCAGGAAUCCCUGGUGAACGACUCGUACCGCGGGAAGCCUCUUCUUCACCUGGCGCUGCAGCAGGGACACGCCCACCUCGCCAAACGGUUGGUGCAUCUAGGCGCUGAUGUCAACAUCACCGAUGCCAAAAUGGAGUCCCCGCUCUUUGCUGCGUUGUCUUCGAACAUGAAGGAAAGUGAGAAAAAUCACAUCGUCAGAUGGCUGAUAAAACAAGGAGCAGACAUUUCACAUACAUCUUCGUCAGGCAAGCAACCGAUCCACACAGCCGCUGGUCACUUUCCACUGGCAAUCAUCCCUUUAUCAGAGGCCGGAUGUGACGUCAACACAAGGGAGGCCACUCAGGCAAACACUCCCCUCCACGUGGCUUGCAGCCGAGCCGAUAUGCUGUCUAUUUCCUACCUGAUUAGACACGGUGCUCGAGUAAACUGUACUAACAGCCUUGGCCAGACUCCGUUAAACAAGUUACUAGAACACGCCUGCAACCACCACGACUUCCACGCCAAGACGCGCAGAUCAAUGGCCAAAGUGUUGAUAGCGAAUGGAUUUAGUUUGUCGCCAUCUGAGAGGAAAUCUCCGCGAAAUGGAAGAGAUAAGGUCGAGCAGCUGUACCGCCAUCUGAGAGGGCAACAGCGACACGUUCCAACACUACAGGGAAUGUGCUGGCUCCAGGUGCGCUCCCACCUGCCAGGUGUGCACUUUGAACGCAGUGUGGCAUCUCUGGAUAUACCCAAACAUCUACAGGUGUACCUACAGUGUCCUCAGUCUUUCUGAAGCGAGAGUUUUACUCGUUAUCCAGCGGAGGCUGUGAAUUCAAUCAGGCACCAAUACUAACAGGAAGAAAAACUAGAAUAUCAAUAAUUCUAUGUGUGAUUGUGCCUCGCGAAUAGACCAAAUGCACCUAUAGUCCACACAACCAUAAGUAGAUGUCCUACUGAUUAAAGGAUGCAAAGACAGGGCCCUAGAUUGUGAAGCGGGUGGUGGUAGGGGUGGUGUUCCACAAAAAGUGUCAUUUUAGUUUAUAAAGGGAGGAAUAUUUUAUAUAACGAUGCACUCGACACAUUUUUAUUCGCUUUUAUAUGACGUCGAACAUAUACUGAAGAAUCACACGGAUAACGAGAGA